UCUACUGACAGGCAAGCCAGCAGACCGACAAGACGUCAGGACAUGUUCUCAUACUACUAACAGAUGGUAACAACACCGGUGGGUCUUCUGAAGCCCACUUUCUUUCUCCUGUGUGUGAUUGCUCCUGAAUGCACAUUCCUCUUCUGCUGCUGUCAGUGAAGACCUGCAGAUGCACUCAACCACAGGCUUACUUUUCAAUCCUGCAUCUGUCUCUGCGCUCAUACCAAAGCUGCAUCCACGAGAAGAGGAUACACAUGUUUUAUUGACAGAGCCACAGGUGGUUUGAGUUUGAGCUGUUGGUGGACUGGAAGGGCUUUUCCUGUGAGGUGAGCUGUGGCAUCUUCAGACCCAGUAUGUUGCCUAUUGUUGUAGCAUGUUUGGUAUUUAUCCUGCUGGGCUCAGGGCAGCCACAGGUCGCUGCACAGGCUCAGGGGCAGAGCCAGAGUCGGGGCCAGGGCCAGGACAGCUCCGCUACCCCUUGGAGGCAGGUGAUUCAGUGGGAGAACAAUGGUCGCAUGUUUAGUCUGCUGAACAGUGGAGCUGAAUAUGUCCCUGCUGGUGUGGCAGCCCAGGACCAAGCUCCAAGGGUGGUUGUGGCAGAUACACGUUCACGCUCUUCACAGAGACCUCUGAGAGGCAAUGUGCGCAGACAGGCACCAUCAAGAGGGUCAUCUGAGACUGUCCGUGGGCAGGCCAGGCAUCCUUUUGGCUUUGGGCAAGUACCUGAUAACUGGAGACAAACCGCAGGUACCACAGGUGGUGGCCACUUUCAGGGAUCCACUAGUACUCGCUUCAGGCCAUCCACAGGUUCUUCAUCUUCAUCGUCCUCAUCAUCAUCAUCAUCCAUUUCUUCAUCUUCAUAUAACGUACCAUCCUACCAACAGUUCCCACUGCCUCAACAGCCUGCAUUUCAACCAGUCCCCUAUGACCCUAGUUUUGUGGAGGGACCUGUCAGGAACUACGAGCCACCAUUUCAGCCUGUUAUCGGUGGAGGAUAUGGCGGUGGAGGGUACGGUGCUGGACGGGGGUACACUGGAGGAGGGUUUGCAGGUGGAGCGGCCCCUGUGCUCCCAGGCUCUCCUUCUGACUUUACUGAAGAUGGUUACCGCUACUACCAGUCUUAUAGCUAUGGGUCCAAUCCUGUGGUUCCACGUGCUGUCCAACCACCAUUUUCAGAUGGUCUGGACCACAGAUACACCCACAGUAUCUACAACGAGGACUCUGCUCCUGCUGUGCCUGCCCCAGACCCUAACCAAGCUGCUCCAGUGAUAGUGGACAGGACAGGCCCAGGCAGUCAAAUCAGGAGCCCUCAGUAUGAGCAAUUUCCUCCAUUUGGAAGACCCCAGCCUCCCUUCGUGCAGCCCAUUUCUCCAGGCAGAAAUUCUCCAAACUCUGCCCCUGACAAUCCCAGUGUCAAUGUUGGGAGUGUGUACCGACCAGAACAGAGAGGUUUGCCUGACCUGGUUCCAGAUCCCAACUAUGUACAGGCUUCCACAUACAUUCAGAGAGCCCACAUGUACUCCCUCCGCUGUGCUGCUGAGGAAAAAUGCCUAUCAAGCACUGCCUAUGGCUCAGAGACCACCGACUAUGAUGUUAGAGUCCUCCUGCGUUUUCCACAGAGGGUGAAGAACAAGGGUACUGCUGACUUCAUGCCUAACAGACCACGUCAUACCUGGGAGUGGCACAGCUGUCAUCAGCACUACCACAGCAUGGACGAGUUCAGCCAUUACGAUUUACUGGAGGCAAGCUCUGGCCGUAAAGUCGCAGAGGGACACAAGGCUAGCUUCUGUCUAGAGGACACAACCUGUGACUUUGGUCACCUGAAGCGCUAUGCCUGCACUGCUCACACUCAGGGUCUGAGCCCAGGCUGCUAUGAUACAUACAAUGCAGAUAUUGACUGCCAGUGGAUCGAUAUCACAGAUGUCCAGCCUGGAAACUACAUACUAAAGCUCCAGGUCAAUCCCAAGUUCUUGGUGUUGGAAUCAGAUUUUACCAACAAUGUGGUCAGGUGUAACAUUCACUACACAGGACGGUUUGUUAGAACAACCAACUGCAAGAUCGCACAGUAA